AUGUUGACAACACUUCGACUUUUAGUCGGUUUUUUGAUUUUAGAAGCAAUAGUUUUGGGGCAGCCGAUCAGCAAUGAUGGCAAACCCAAUUUGGCUAAUAUUAUUUUGAAAUCACAACAAGUGAAUUUGGAUGGACCUGCACAUCUGGAAUGUUUUGAUUUAUAUUUACCCCAACUAAAUGAGGUUACACUUCAAUAUGAAUUUGAAUUUCUGCAGUGUUUGCAAAUAGCUGAAAUUGCCAGGCAAGCUGUGGAAGAUGAAAUGAUAUUUGAGCGUCAAGGUAUAGAAAGUGGUGCGGAACAAAUUUGUACUCUGUAUGGAAAUUGUGUGGAAACAUUGUUGCCUUCAGAUUCAUUUGAGUGUUUUUCGAAUGUUACUCUGGAGGUCCAGUCAAUAGCUUUUAACAUGCAGCAGUUGGCUACGAGUAAAAGUCAAUACUUAAAACUGACAUAUCAGACGAUUUUACAUGAUCAGAAUAUAUGUACCGAUAGAUGUACAUAUGCGUAUGCCCUGAAAACAUCAGCUCUCUAUGACUCAUUACAGUUAUGCCUUUCUGGAGGUGUUUAUACUACAUCGCCGUUGCCAUCUACUGAGGAAAACAGCACUAAACCUUUUACUGAAGGGCCCACUGAGCUUCCAACAACACCUGAAAAAACUACACCCCCUGUAACAGAUCUACCCACUGAGCUUCCUACAACAGAGGCAACAACUACUGAACCAGUAACAGAAGAACCCACUGAACUUCCAACGACAGUGGAAAUUACAACCGAACCAGUAACAGAGGAACCCACUGAACUUCCAACGACAGUGGAAACUACAGAAGAACCUACUGAACAGCCAACAACACCGGAAAUUACUACCGAACCAGUAACAGAAGAACCUACAGAGUUUCCAACAACAGCGGAAAAUACCACUGAAAAUGUAACAGAAGUAACCUCGGAUCUUCCAACAACAGAGGAUAAAACGACCGAACCAGUAACCGAAGAACCCACUGAGCUACCAACAACAGAGGAAAAAACUACCGAACCUGCUACAGAAGGAACCACUGAGUUUACAGCAACAGCGGAAAAGACUACCGAACCUGUUACAGAAGGACCUACUGAGUUUCCAACAACGGAAGGAAAGACCACUGAACAUGUCACAGAAGGAACUUCGGAAAUUCCAACAACUGAGGAAACAACUACCGAACCAGUAACCGAAGAACCCACAGAGCUUCCAUCAACAUUGUUUACCACUACCGAAGCUGCAACAGAAACAUCAACUGGAACCACAACAUCAGUGGAAAAUACCACAGAACCGGUUACUUCAGAAACAACCGAGUCGUCAACCACUGAGGAAAUAACAACAACAGAAAUUUCUACCACAGAGACUACAUCGACGACACCUCGUAGUCCUCCAGUCCCGCCCACAUUUUAUCCCGCAAGUACUGCACCUAAUAUCAUUACACCAUUUGAACCGGAAUUUGUAACACCUACUGUGGUACCCACACCACCAACACCUUCAACACCUAAUAGUACAGAAUCGGGAUUUCCAACACCGCCGAAUAUCUAUGUUCCCAUGAUAGUAGCUGUGGCGUCCAUCAGCACCCGUUAUACAAGUUUUUCUUUGGAGAUUGAUACAGAUGACAUUGGUGUUACUAUCACCAUCAGCAGCAGCAUCAAAGACAUCCAGUCAUCAAUGUAA